AUGCCACCACCUGUUCAAGCUGCCAUCGCCGGCGGUAUUCCCUUGUCAAAGCAAACGUUAAACACCACACCAAGCCCAACUAUCUAUGCCAGCAAUCUCAACGAAAAGGUUAAACUGCCAGUGAUGAAAAACACAUUGAAAAACAUGUUUAGCCAGUUUGGUGAGGUGCUCGAUGUGGUAGCUUACAGUAACAUUCGUAUGCGUGGUCAGGCAUUCAUUGCCUUUGGCGACGAGGAAAGCGCAUCAAAGGCUAUCAAGGAGCUCCAGCACUUUUCAUUAUACGGAAAACCUAUGGUCGUGCAAUACGCGCGCACCAAGUCGGAUGUCCAUGCAAAGAGAGACGGAGACUUUGACGAUCACUAUGCAGAACGCUUAAAGAGGAAGGAGGCACGCAAGUCGCUGCCGCUCCCAGGCGCAAACAAGCAGGCGCUCAAAGGACCUGCACCAGCUGGUGUUCCGCGUCCUCCCGGACCUACGCAACACAUUCCAGACGAAUUCUUGCCACCAAACAACAUUCUGUUUUUACAAAAUUUGCCGGAGACUGUCACUCAAGAGCAGAUCCAGGAUUUGUUCAAGGCUUACCCUGGUUUCAAGGAAGUGCGUAUGAUUCCAACCAAAAAGAGCAUUGCCUUUGUCGAGUACGAAAGCGAAAUGCAAUCCGGUGCUGCCAAGAGUGGAUUGGCUGGUUAUUCUUUCGGACCCGACCAUCCUAUGCGCGUUACAUUUGCUAGAAAGUAG